AGUCAGUUUAAUUAAGAACUGUCGAAAAUACAACUGAAAAGAUGAAACUGAGAAAUAUUUUAUUCAUCAGUCUUGUGAUUGUUACUUUAGCCAAAGUUGAUGCACAAAAGAAAGUGGUUUGUUAUUGGAUAGCAGACAUAAGCGCUAACCAAAUCAAUCCUUCAAUUUGCACUCACGUAGUUUACAGUUUUAUUGGGCUCGAUUCUAAUGGUGGAUUGAAUUAUUUAUGGCGAAGUGAAGGCCAAUCUAUUGGGUUCAUUAACGGAAUGAAUAACUUGAAGACACAAAAUCCCAAUCUCAAAACCCUUGUGGCUGUUGGUGGUUGGAAUCUUGAUUUAGUGUCAGUGUGGUCUAAAAUGGCAGAAGACCCAACUUCAAGAAGUAAAUUUGCUUCCAACAUUUUAUCAUUUCUUGAAAAACAUAAUUUAGACGGUGUUGAUAUCGACUGGGAAUAUCCAAAUAUGUAUGAAUAUUCACCCAAGGAUAAAAGCAAUUUCGUUUUUCUUCUUAAAGAACUAAGGAAAGUUUUGGGAUUGUCAUAUUCCCUUUCUGCUGCAAUUGGUGCUGGAAAUUGGAGAACUGGUUUGUCUUACGAAGUCUCAGAUAUUUUUGAAGUCUGUGACUUUGUAAAUUUAAUGACUUUUGACAUGCAUGGUGGUUGGGAGGGUAAAACUGGACAUCAUUCUGCACUUCAUCGAAGUUCUCUUGAUCCAACUGAUGCCAAUGUCGAAGAUGCUGUAAAUGUUUUGCUUCGUGAAGGGAUUGACCGAUCCAAGUUGAUUGUUGGAAUUCCAGCUUAUGGCGGUAAAUUUGUAUUAGCAGAUCUCAAUGAAAAUGGAAUUGGUGCACAAGCAGCUGGUGGUGCUCCAGUAAAAUAUAACCAAAUUUGCCAAAGUCUUAGAUCUGGUCUAUUUAACUAUCGUUGGGAUGAUACACAAAAAGUUCCUUACGUCUUUUAUGGUUAUGAAUGGAUUGGGUUUGAUGAUGUCAGAUCAGUAACUGAGAAAGCUAAUUUUAUUAAAAGUUCAAAUCUUGGUGGCGCAAUGUUCUGGGAUUUGGAUAAUGAAGAUUAUAGAGACAGUUGCGGAGGGGGAUCAUAUCCACUUAUUUCAACAGUUUAUAACAUAAUUGGAGGAAAUGAUACGGAUUCAUCGACUGCUUCUCCAACCUACCCGCCAGUGACACUUCCACCAUCUACUGAUGCACCAAUUACAGACGCCCCAAGCGAUCCUUUCGUUUGUCCUGGUGAUGGGCUUUAUGCGAAUCCAAUUGAUUGUACGACUUACUACAGUUGUGCUUUUGGCACCGCAUAUUUGUUGCCAUGUCUAACAGGCUUACGUUUCAAUCCAAUUGAAAAAAUCUGUGAUUGGCCAGAGAAUGUUUUAUAGAAAGUGGUUUGUUAUUGGAUGGCAGAGAUAAGCGCUAAUCAAAUCAAUCCUUCAAUUUGCACUCACGUAAUUUACAGUUUUAUCGGACUCGAUUCUAAUGGUGGAUUAAAUUAUUUAUGGCGAAGUGAAGGCCAAUCUAUUGGGUUCAUUAACGGAAUGAAUAACUUGAAGGCACAAAAUCCCAAUCUAAAAACAAUUGUGGCUGUUGGGGGGGGGAAUGAUGGUUUAGUGCCAGUAUGGUCUCAAAUGGCAGCAAAUCCCAAUUCGAGAAGCAAUUUUGCUUCCAACAUUUUAUCAUUUCUUCGAAAACAUAAUUUAGACGGUGUUGAUAUCGACUGGGAAUAUCCAAACAUGUAUGAAAACUCACCCCAUGAUAAAAAUAAUUUCGUUUUACUUCUUCAAGCAUUAAAAAAUGCAUUGGGAUCAUCAUAUUCCCUUUCUGUUGCAAUUGGUGCUGGAAAUUGGAGAACUGGUUUGUCUUACGAUGUCAAAAGCAUUUUUAAUGCUUGUAGUUUUGUCAAUUUAAUGACAUAUGACAUGCAUGGUGGUUGGGAAGGUAAAACUGGACAUCAUUCUGCACUUCAUCGAAGUUCCCUUGAUCCAACUGAUGCCAAUGUCGAAGAUGCUGUAAAUGUUUUGCUUCGUGAAGGGAUUGACCGAUCUAAGUUGAUUGUUGGAAUUCCAACUUAUGGUGGUUCAUUCAAUUUAGUAAAUGCUAAUAAUAAUGGGAUCGGUGCACCUGCAACAGGAGCUGGCAUAGUGAAAUAUAAUCAAAUUUGCCAACGAAUCAGGUCGGGCCAAUUCAAUUAUCGUUGGGAAAGCACACAAAAAGUUCCUUACGUCUUUUCUGGUAAUGAAUGGAUUGGGUUUGACGAUGUCAAAUCAGUGACUGAGAAAGCUAAUUUUAUUAAAAAUACAAAUCUUGGUGGCGCAAUGUUCUGGGAUUUGGAUAAUGAAGACUUUGGAAACAGCUGUGGAGGGGGAUCAUAUCCACUCAUUUCUACAGUCUAUAACGUAAUUCGAGGAAAUUCGGGUUCAUCAACAAAUCCUCCAGUCACAAACCCUCCAAUGACUAACCCGCCAACUACAAAGAAUCCAGGAAAUUCUUUCUUUUGUCCUGGUGAUGGGAUCUUUGCAAAUCCAAAUGAUUGUAGAACUUUCUACAAUUGCGCUUCUGGCACUGCUCAUUUGAUGUCAUGUGGUGCAGUUAAGUUAAUUGACUAUACAACGAACAAUAUGAAAUUAACACAUAUUCUUUUCAUCGGUUUUGUGCUUCUCAUCUCAUCGCAAGUUAAUGCUUUCGUUUGUCCUGGUGAUGGAAUCUUUGCGAACCCUAACUGUUGCAGAACUUUCUACAAUUGUGGUCAUGGGAGAGCUCAUUUAAUGUCAUGCGGACCGAGUUUAUAUUUAAAUCAAGUUACUAAAGCUUGCGAUUGGCCACGAAAUGUUAGAUGCUAA